CGGUACGGUAGGGGGCGCUGUGCAGCUGUAAAUCACAAUCCGCCAAAACAAACACAAAACAGUAGGAGAGGAAACAACCUGGAAGUGCUUUACAAACGUAAACUUCUACAGCCUGCAUGAGCACGACCCGAGGAAGACUGUGGUUGCACCUUCGUCUCACGUGAACCAAUUGUUUAAACACUGGUUUAGAAACGGACUGUUGUUGACGUUGUCGUGUUUUAUGUGACUCCUCCGUACGUUGUUGUUGUUGUUUUUAAACGAGGUCGUGUGUUAGCAUUAGCACCAUAAACACCUUGGGCAAUGUCACCAGCAGCAGAAGCCCCGGCAGCAGGGGCAGAUACCGCCGUGUCCAAACCCAGCCAGCUGUUCAAGAGCUGCUGGAGCUGCCGGGUCCUCUCCGGGGGGGCUCUGGUCCUGUCCGCAGCCUAUGUGUUCAACGCAGCCCGGAGGGUGAUGCUUAAAGGGGGACCUACCUCCAUGGGGACGGUGGCUCAGAUUACAUUCGCUGCUAGUCUGGCUGCAUGGGGGGUUGUUGUGAUCAUUGAUCCGGUAGGAAAAGCGAAACAGAAGACGCAUAGGGUUUCUGGAAACUCGUGAAUGAACAUUUAAAUGCAAAAUACAUGGACUGGAAGCUGUCGGGCUUGUUAAUGGACAAUAGGACACCGAGCCUGGGAAGCUGGAAAAGGAUGUUUGCACUAUUUGUGGAGUAACACAGACAUCAGAUCAGAUCUGUGUUGGCAUUGUGUGGAUGAACCAAGCAUUCACAAUUUUGGAAGCUUUUGAUGGGUUGAAUUAAAAGUGAAAGAGAUUAUAUAAUGUA